GUUUUUGAACCCCCCUCUUUGUGUCAGUUGCAGGUAGUCUUAGUGUGGUUUCAUCUGGUAAGGAGCGCGCAGUUACCAGCUGCAGGUCGUCCUGUUAGAAGCGUUGACACAACCAGGAUACAUCAGGACAGAGGAUAGGAACGAAAUAUCUUUCUUUUCAGUGCAUCUCAGUUAAACUUUCUAGGAAAAGUCAACAUAAGAAAAGCUGGAGUUUGAUCCGUUCUGCCUUUGAAGCUCCCUGGCGUUUGAUCUCGACAGACGACAGACAAGAACAGGAGACCUUGAAGUAGAACUUCGAUUGAGGUGUUUGCAAGUGCGUUUGCUGUGCAGGACAGUCUUGCAGACUGGAAAUACAUGCUAAUCUUAGCAUUCCUCAGGUUUCUUAAAAGGAUAGCCUCCCAUUCUGCCGCGGCCCUGCUCACCCACUCUUUUCGAGGAUGACGUGCCCAUGAUGUCUUUCUGGAAGUGUACCCCAGAGGCCCACCUUGGCAGUUAGAGGAGAGGUUGGCCUCCGUCACCAUGACAGCAUUGCCCCGGGACGUCACCUCCCUGCCUGCAUCCAUCCUCUUCAUCUCCUCUCUCCUCCUCCUCCUCUUCCUUCUCCCUCUCCCCUCAGCAGUGUCCCAAAGAGCUGCUCCCUCUCCCUCGGCUGCCCCUCCCACCCCCACCCCCGCUCCUGCUGCGCCACCUCCACCCGAGUGCACCCGCAGGGAGCACCCCAUCAUCUCCAUUCAAGAGUUGAGCCCUUGGAUUUCGACAUUUUCUCACCCUGGAGUGAGAGAAUACUCACUGAUGACCCUCGACCUCACCAGGAACGAGCUUAUCGUUGGUGCAAGAAACUACCUCUUCAGGCUGAAUCUAAGCAACAUUUCCCUCAUACAGGAGACGGAAUGGAGCCCGGACGAAGACACCAGGAGGUCCUGUCAGAGCAAAGGAAAGACGGAGGUGGAGUGUCAGAACUACAUCCGGGUGCUUCUGAUCAACAAAACAGAGGUGAUGACCUGCGGCACCAAUGCCUUCAUGCCUCUCUGUACGAUCCGCGAGGUCGGUAACCUGAGUAAUGUGCUGGAGAAGGUGAACGGUGUGGCUCGCUGCCCGUACGACCCACGCCACAACUCCACGGCCGUGGUGACCGAGAGCGGUGAGCUGUAUGCCGCCACGGUCAUCGACUUCUCGGGUCGCGACCCUGUCAUCUACCGCAGUCUGGGCGGCCUGCCUCCCCUCAGGACGGCGCAGUACAACUCCAAGUGGCUCAACGAGCCGCACUUCAUCUCGGCGUACGACGUGAGCCUCUUCACCUUCUUCUUCCUGCGUGAGAACGCCGUGGAGCACGACUGCGGCAAGACCGUGUACUCGCGCGUGGCGCGCGUCUGCAAGAACGACAUCGGCGGCCGCUUCCUGCUGGAGGACACGUGGACCACCUUCACCAAGGCCCGGCUCAACUGCUCGCGCUCAGGCGAGAUUCCCUUCUACUACAACGAGCUGCAGAGCACCUUUCACCUGCCCGAGCAGGACCUCAUCUACGGCAUCUUCACCACCAACGUGAAUAGCAUUGCUGCAUCUGCGGUUUGUGCGUUCAACCUCAGCGCCAUCACCCGGGCCUUCAACGGGCCAUUCCGGUCCCAGGAGAACCCCCGUUCCACCUGGCUUCCCACGCCCAACCCCAAUCCCAACUUCCAGUGUGGCACCAUAGAGGAUGAUGGUCCCAAUGAGGGGCUGACGGAGCGCAGCCUACAGGACGCCCAGCGCCUCUUCCUCAUGAACGACGUGGUGCAGCCCAUCUCCGUGGACCCGCUGGUCUGGCAGGACGACGUGCGCUUCUCCAAGCUGGUGGUGGACAUCGUGCAGGGCCAGGACACCCUGCACCAUGUCAUGUACAUCGGCACGGAAUAUGGGACCAUAUUAAAGGCUCUGGCCACCACCAACAAGAGCCUGCAGGGCUGUUACCUGGAGGAGAUGCAGCUGCUGCCCAGGGGGCUCCUUGAGCCAAUCCUGAGCCUGCAGAUUCUCCACGGCGACCGGAUGCUGUAUAUAGGGCUGAGGAACAAAGUGCUGAAGAUCCCUCUGGCCAGAUGCUCCUCCUACCAGACCCAGCAGGUGUGCCUGGAUGCAAGGGACCCCUACUGCGGUUGGGAUCAGAAGCAGAGGCGUUGCACUACCUUCGAAGACAGCUCCGACAUGAGCAAGUGGACUCAAAACAUCACAGCUUGCCCUCUGCAGAACCAGACCACUAAUGGUGUCUUUGGGCCCUGGGUGCCAUGGCAACCUUGUAGCCAUACCGACGGCGACGGCUCCAGCGCCUGCCUGUGCCGCUCCAGAACGUGCGACAGCCCACUUCCCCGUUGCGGGGGCAAGAACUGUGAAGGCCCCACCAUCGAGGUGUCCAACUGUUCCAGAAACGGAGGCUGGACUCCGUGGUCAUCGUGGGGCCAGUGCAGCACCACGUGUGAGAUCGGCUUUGAGGUGCGCCAGAGGUCGUGCAACAACCCCGCACCCCGACACGGGGGCCGAGUGUGUGUGGGACAGGCCAGAGAACAGAGGUUCUGCAAUGAGAAGGUGACGUGUCCUCAGCCCGUCUUCUGGUCAUCGUGGGGAUCCUGGACCAAGUGCAGUGCGGAGUGUGGAGGGGGGGUCCACUCUCGUGUGCGCACCUGUGAGAACGGAAACAGCUGCCCCGGCUGUGCCCUGGAGUAUAAAGCCUGUAACCUGGAUGCGUGCCCAGAGGUGCGGCGGAACACGCCGUGGACGCCGUGGAUGCCGGUGAACGUGACGCAGGGCGGCGCGCGGCAGGAGCAGCGGCUGCGCUACACGUGCCGUGCACAGCUGGCCGACCCGCACGAGCUGCAGCUGGGCAAGCGCAAGCUGGAGACACGCUUCUGCCCCAACGACGGCUCGGCCGCCUGCGAGACAGACGCCUUGGUGGACGAGCUACUGAAGACCCCCGUGGUGCGACUGACGGGCUCGGCCUGGUCGUCGUGGGAGACGUGGUCGUCGUGCACCCAGGACUGUGCCAAAGGCUACCGCACCCGCAGGCGCUCCUGCUCUACAGCCGAGGGCAAGGGCAACCCCUCUGCAUGCCGCGGGUCACCAGUGGAGUACCAGGACUGUAACCCCCAGCCUUGCCCAGUGAAUGGCGCCUGGUCUUGCUGGUCGCGCUGGUCUGAGUGCUCGGUGGCGUGUGGGAGGGGGCACUACCAGCGCACGCGCACCUGCUCCAGCCCUGCGCCCGCCCGCGGAGGGAACAUCUGCAUCGGCCUGCACACGGAGGAGGCCUUCUGUAACACACACCCCUGUGAUGGCGGCUGGAUGGCGUGGUCAGUGUGGUCCGCCUGCGACGACACAGGACUGCAGCUGCGCAGUCGGGCCUGCGGGGCCCAGGGCUCCACGCCGUGUGUGGGGAACAGCUCCCAGCACAGGGACUGCAACGAGAUCCCAGUGAUUCUUCCAGCGUCCGGCUAUGAAAAAGAGCAGCUGUGUGGAAGGUUCACACUGCUUCACCUGAUAGCCACAGGCGUGUCCUGUUUCUUGGGAGCAGGCCUGCUGUCGUUCCUUGUGUAUGUUUACUGCCAGCGCUUCCAUAAGCAGUCGCAGGAGUCUGCAGUUAUCCACCCCACCACGCCCAACCACCUCAAUUACAAGGGCAACACCACGCCAAAGAACGAGAAAUACACGCCCAUGGAAUUCAAGACUUUGAAUAAGAAUAACUUGCUACCGGAUGAGAGGACCAACUUCUUCCCUACCCCCCUCCAGCAGACGAACGUCUACACCACCACCUACUACCCCGCGGCUCUGGGCAAAUACGACUACCGGCCCGACUCCUCCCCUUCUCCGUGUAGAACCUACAACAGCUGAGACUUGUUCUCUGUCUCCCAUGAGGCCAUUGCCAUGGUGACAGGACUGGCUUUAAGCACUGGACUUCCCUUUGUCCCCCCCCCCCCCCUCUCUCCUAUGCUCCUGUCUCGCCCCAAAACCCCUGAACCCUCUGCAUCUGAGGGGAUGCCCUUCUGGAACAUUCCACCCAACUGUCCUUACCUCAUCCCUCUCUCUCUCAUUGGGGGAGAGAAGCCUGUCACUCAACCCCAGUCUCUCCCUGUUGGACGGGCUGGAGGGCGUUGCAACUUUUGUUUCUGAGGAUCGUUGGCAAGGCAAUACUGAUAUCGAUGGCCCUGAGUAACUCACUGUAAGGAAGCUGUCAGCUGAACUGAGUAAGUCUCAAUGCUGUCUCUCCGAGAUCCUUCAUCUCAUAAAUAGGAAAUCAAACAGAGGCAGUUACUGGAAUCCUCCGCUGACUCACAAUGACGCUCUCUGAGGUGCUGCAGGAGGACGUGGAGAGGAGGAGAAAAGAAAAGGAGACUUCAAGAGCUCAAUAUGGAGCCUACCGUCACACAGCACCCUCACAUCUCCCACAGGCAAAGACCCCGAACCACCCUGAGCAUCACUUGGACUCUAGAACAGUAGGUGUCCCCCCCCCCCCUGAGAGCACUGUCGCCUGUCUGGAGGAGAGCGUGUAGGAUAAAGGACGUCGUGUGUGUGUGUGUGUGUGUGUGUGUGUGUGUGUGUGUGUGUGUGUGUGUGUGUGUGUGAGUGUGUGAGUGUGUACGCGCACAGAAACCCAGCAUCAAAAAAAGAUUUCCAAAAGGAUGACACGCCGCCAGUGCUGGUCUCAGGAGCUUUUAGUGUGUGCCACACUUUUCACCUGCAUCCUCUGUCCAGGAGUCAUCGCAAUGGAUUCGCUAUUUGGAGCGGAAGAACCCAGAGUUGGGGGUUUGGGUGGGGGUGGGGGGCUUCACAACAGCCAGUCUGAGUCGGGUGCACAAUCGCUAUGGCACCUGCUUCCAUGGAGAUGAUGGCUAUCUCAGAACAGGGGUUCUCGUAAGUGUUAGGGGUUGGGAGCACCACCGGUGCCUGCUGGUGAAAUGAGAAACUAUCAGAGAAUAACAGUUUGUUUGUUUUGUUUUUUUCCUCUUUUUGCGGGAAGGGGGAAUCUGCUUGUGUCUUUGAAUGGAUGCAUCCUACUGAGUACUGUAUGCCUUGGUGGUCAUAUGAGAUAUGCCAAAUGUACCAGGGUGGACUGAGUUUUAAUACGGUAGAAUAUACUGAUAGUGUGGCACUUGUUUUUUAAUGGUUAUUUUUAAGAUGGAAAUAUUUGUUCUUUAUAGAUUAGAUGGAUAGUAAUGUCUAUUUAAAGCGCAGUAUGUCAGACCAUGGAUGGAUUAAGAAUGGUUAAGGAUGUCUCUCCCACUUUAGGAUACACAUAUUCUUUUCAGCUCUGUAGAGGCAAUAUAUUAUUAAUCACUUUUUUGCAUAUAGGAAAAAAAAACAUAGAUUAUUAUAUGUAAUGGAAGAUAUUCAUAAUUUAUAACUGUAGCAAGAAUCACUGGCGCCCUCCUUAACAGCUAAACCAUGCUUUCCCAAAAGUGAUUGGAAUGUGAGUGAGCUAAUUUACAUUCUACAUUUGUUUGUUUGUUUGUUUCUCUGUGUGUGUGUGUGUGCGUGUGUGUGUCUGUGCACGUAUAUAUGUAUGUGUUUGUGUGUAUGAGCAUGCACUUGUGUGCAUGAGUACUGUAUGGUCCGAUCUGUACGUUGUUUAUAAGUUAUACCGUCAUUUUUGUCACUGUGUGUGGACUGUGUAUCUUUCAAAGCAUAAGCCAGACUGCAUUGUGUCCAAACACUCAUACUGGCUGUUCGUUUCUGUAUUUCCCUGUGUUUCAUCAUGUACGACAACCGAGAGAGAUAUCAUUAUCAUCAGCAUCAAUAUGUGAUAUUUAUAUUGGUUAAGGAAAAUGGGGCACUGGAGAACUAUUUUUAUUAAGCUUGUCCAAUGAAUGCAAACCAGCAGUGCUAUCAGUUCAGCUACGCACGAGAGCUCUUAUCUGUACAUAGGAGACGCCCUUCUGCGCCUACAAAAGAAAUGACAUCUAAGGGGUAGUGUAAUAUAAAUGUAUAUUGUAUAGCUAACACUGUUUCUGUUUUCUUUUUUUCUUAAAAAAAAAAAAAAAAAAGAAAGAAAAAAGGCCUUAUAGUUGUUUAAGCGAAGCGAACAGCGUAUGUGUACACAGUAUAUACCAACCAUAUGAACGUGUGGGGAUAGAACCUGUCCGUGAAGUCCAGCAGCAUAUGACCGACAGCAGUGCAGAUUUUCAUCUUGAAUAAUAAAAACGAAGGUAUCUGGACUACGUGUCUGAAUGAUAACUCACUGUAAGGUAAUCCUGUAUCGGUGUUUAUGUCCAUAUGUCACCUGUGGUUCCUUGGGCACCUCAUUCUAUAAAGUGAGAACUCUGCUAUCCAUUAUGAUAAAUAAUAUUGGCCCAGGACCUGUGGUGUUCAAAAUGACAGGACUCCUGAGUCAACAUAACUGUCUGUAUCAAAUGUGUGAUUUAUGGUGGAAGUAUCAGUAAAUGAUGCUUCCCCGAGAGAGCUUGGCGUCGCCAUCCCAGAAAUGUUCACUGUGGUCAUUGUGGUCUGGAUCCAUUUGGGUUAGGGACCAACGCUACACUAUUUAGAGUGAUUGGACCGCUUCAGGGCAUAAUAUACUGAAACCUAAGCUUGACAGCCAGAAGAGAGAGAGAGACAUCUUUUUUUCCCUUCCAGGAAUACAGUCAGUAGGCUACAGCUAUUUCAGUGAGUUUAUCAUUGUAAUUAAUGAUGAGACUGACCCAGAUUUCAGUAUUGAUGUGAUGCAGCCUUUUUUUGAUACUGCCUUUUUGUUAGCUUCUGAAGCACUGCUAAAACCUAGCUGAUUUGAUCAGUAGAUUUCUCACUGUGCCCACUGAUUCUCAUCUGAAGCGUUUCAGACUAUUUCCCUGUAAACACUAAGCUUCUAAGGCUGGCAGUGUCAGGCUAAUUCAUGUGCCCUUUUAAAAACUCUAAAUAAACAUAGUAAACAGCUGUUUCAGAUCAUGUCCAUACCCGAACCCGUAGGCCUAUGUCUUCAUCUGGGGAUACAAUUAGGUACAGUUUUCAUGUUACCCACUUCCACCUCUUCUUAAGGCUUCCUGUGACUGGCAUUGGAUAUAGCUCUGGAUCUGGCAUUGAGGACCUCCAUCCCCACAAGGCGUGGUAACCUUCUAUGCAACUGACCUGGUGGUACUGUUAGAUGUGAUGUAGACUGUAAUCACUGCCUUUUAGACACUGUGAAUUUUUGGUACUCUAUAUUUUUGUACAUUGUACAUUGUAAAGGAUAAUAAAACCUCGAUGCCAACCGAAAAA